UAUGAUGGCAACAGCUGCUCUGCUGACGCGAGUGGACUGCGGUUAUCUUGGUGGUGGAGGCUACGGUGGCGGAGGCUACGGAGGUGGUGGCUAUGGCGGUGGAGGCUACGGAAAGUUGUGGCAGCCUUAUAAAUUUGGCUACCAAGUCCUGGAUGGUUACGGCACCCAGCAUCGAGAAGAGAAGAGCAACGGCCUGGGCGGCGUGAAAGGCAGCUACGGCUACACGGAUGCCUGGGGUCGCUUCCGGCAGGUGCACUACGUGGCCGACAAAUACGGAUUUCGCGCCAAGGUGCUGACCAACGAGCCUGGCACGUCGAACCAGCAUCCUGCCGCCGUGCGAAUGAUUUCAAGUGGAGGAGGAGGCCACGGUUAAUAGGAAACGCGUGGCACAAGGUCA